UGAACACUUCCGGUCCGGUGUUAUUAAAGUUCCGCCGGCAGCCCGACUGUUAAACAAGGGUGACGAAAAGCAAACGUUGUUUCGUUUCAUUGGACACGGCGUUGUAUGCAUCCACGCAUGGCAACAAAUGCGUACAGUCAUGGGAACCCAUGCAGUCCUGUCAUCGGGAGUAAAUGCGUGGAAAUCGCUGGCUUGUGCGAAGUCAGAACUGCGGCUGGAUCUCACGCUGGCUUGUGGACAGUCGUUCCGCUGGAGAGAGACCGCAGAUGGACACUGGACUGGAGUGAUGAGAGGACAAGUGUGGACUCUUACUCAGACAGAUAACACCUUGUGGUACCACGUUUACAAACACAAAGGCAGACCUGUGCAUAAAGAAGUUGAGCCAGGUGAGGGUGGUGGCUCCCUCAAUGAGAAAAACAAGGGACAAAUGAAAUGUGAAAGAACCGUGAAGAAGGAAGAGGAGAAGGAGGCAGCGGCCGUAAACUUGCAGGAUGAAACCGCGGAUGAAGCCGUGCUGAGAGAUUACUUCCAUCUGAACGAGAAUCUGAGGGCUAUGUACAAGAAAUGGGGAGCAGCAGACCCCCACUUCAAGCAAAUUGCAGACAUCUUCACUGGUGUACGGCUGCUCCGCCAGGACCCCACUGAAUGCCUCUUUUCUUUCAUUUGCACCUCCAACAACCAUAUUUCUCGCAUUCAAGGCAUGGUGGAGAGGUUGUGUCAGGCUAAGGGGAACCUGCUCUGCCAGCUCGAUGACACCACGUACUAUGACUUUCCUUCCUUGUUAGCCUUAGCAGACAACAAUACAGAAGCAUGCCUCAGGGAACUCGGUUUUGGAUACAGAGCUCGAUUCCUGCAACAGAGUGCAAAUCAGAUUUUAGACAACCACUCUCCCGAAUGGCUUCAAGGUCUACGCAGUGUCCCGUAUGCAGAGGCGCGUGAUGCUCUGCGGGCCCUACCCGGCGUGGGCACUAAGGUGGCAGAUUGUGUAUGUUUGAUGUCCCUGGAUAAGGUCGACGCUGUGCCAGUUGAUACACACGUGUGGCAAAUUGCGAAGCGUGACUAUAAAUACGCCUUUGCCAAUGAACCCAAAAGCCUCACAGAAAAGCUUCACAAAGACAUUGGGGAUUUCUUCAGGAAUUUGUGGGGUCCCUAUGCUGGUUGGGCCCAGUCUGUGUUGUUCUGUGCCGAUCUCAAGAAAUUCCAAAAGAUGAAAGAAACUCCAUGUCUAAAAAGGGCAAAGAAAGAAUCUGACAACCUAAGCUUGGUAACAUGCAAGAAGCCAAAUAUUAAGACAGGAAAAAAUGGUACAGUGAAACCCAGCAAACCCAAAUCUGCUUCUCAAAAGAUGGGGAAAGCUUUCUGAUAAGGAGCAGCGUGUAGUGUAAAGUACUUUUUAUAUUGUACAAUUGUAAAAUGAGUAUUUUUAAGGUAUGAUUCAUGUAAUCUCUUCAGUCUACUUUCCCGAUGACUAUACAAAUUUUCCACUGUA